GUGGAUCCGAACGUGUGUGGUGAAGAUAGCCUGUCUGUAUUGCACCAGUGCUGCUUAAACGACCUGCUUGAGAUGAUGAAGUUGUUCAUUCGCUACGGAGCGGAAGUGAACUCACGUGACUGCGACCUCUGGACCCCUCUCCAUCUUGCUGCUACCUGCGGCAACAUCACACUCUGCCAGUGUCUUUGCGAAAAGAAUGCCGAUCUACUGGCUCUGAACACGGAUGGCAACAUGCCAUAUGACCUUUGCGAAGAUAUGGCAACACUGGACUUCAUUGAAUCUGAAAUGGCAAAGCGAGGAAUAACACAGGAGUUGAUAGAUGAGACGAGAUUGGCAGCAGAGAGCCAGAUGUUGAAUGACGUCAUCAAGUUUGCUAGUCAGGGUGGUGACCUCAACUGCAAGGGCAACAAUGGAGAAUCCCUACUUCACAUAGCAGCAUGCAGUGGUUACGGUAGAGUCAUUGACUUCCUCCUAAGCAAGAAAGUUCCUGUCAAUGCAACUGAUGACGAAGGCUGGCAGGCUCUCCAUCUCGCUACAUGCUACGGACAG